GUUAUUGCUGGUGAUGCUGAUGCCCUUGGUUGAACAAGAGCGAGAGCGUCAGGCUUGUUGAAGAUCCAGCAGUCGCUGACACCGCCCGUAUAAGUGUGGGUGAAACUGCGCCUCCACGUCGCGAUCGAUAGAUACUGUAUGGUCGGAGAAACCCGCUCCCAAGACUCCCUGAUGAACGUUGGCGAGCCAAAGCGAUAUUUAUUGCGAGAUAUGCACUCUCGGCGGAAAGGGAGGGUCAACAAGCUGUCUCUGGCAGAUAGAUUUCGUCCGUUGGGUUGGGGAAAAGAAGGUCAAGGUUCUUAUAAACGCGGGCAGAGCCGUUCGAAGCACAUGUGCUGUCGUACACAAGUACCAGGGCGUUGCGCGGGCCAAUUUUCCACCGCGUCGGCGGCCGUCGUCAUCAAGAGGUGGGGAUACUAUAUCUACAUAUACUCGGUACCUAGGUAUGCAUCAUUAUUAUUUCAAUGGCAGCUGGCGCAUGAUCGCAUUUGCUCUUCAGCCGAGGCACCCAAUUGUCGCAGAAGGCCAUUGGCUGGAGAGGCGCGGCUGCUGUACCGUGUCGCGCGUCUGACCUCAGCACUCCCAGAAGAGCAGGCAACUCGGACGCAAAGAAGGGGCUGUGAAGUGUGGGGAUGAUACCUAUUAUGGACCUGUACGCGCAACUCGGCCGACAACACCCAUCAUCACUCUUGAGAGACGAAUCGCAAUCUCAUCAGAGAUGCGCCGGUGGAAAGAGCAACGGCUGGAUGUUACCCCGGUUCAAGUACUACCCUACAUUAAGCCAGGCCUGCUGCGUUUCUCU